AUGCAGCUCAAGCUACUAUGCCUCGUCACUCUUGCGGCUUCCGUCUUCGCGGCUGACCGAUUGGCAGCUUCUCUGAAUAUCAUUGCGCACGACUACGACAAGCUCAAUCAAGGCAUUACAGCUUGGCCAGGUGAUUAUGAGAGCUGCGUACCCCUCGUCUCCGAGGCGGAUGCCAUUACCAAAGCACUUACUACUGUUAAACCCCCCGUCACGAUCAGCCCCCCCGACGCCGCUACAGUCAAAGAGAGACAGCAAGCAGCUCAAGCUCUUUGUAAGAUCAUAGAUGCAUAUCUCAAAAUCGCUAUUGAAGUCAAGCACAAAGUUUACAUGUCUCAACCAUCUGUCAAGCCAAUGGUCGUUGCUGCGAUAGAGGAGCUUAAGGCCGCCUUUUUGGCAUUAAGCACGGCAUGUCUCCCUGUGAUGACGGAUACCCAGAGUCGAGAUGCUUUUGACAGUAUCAACAAGGACAUGCUCUUGGUCGAAAAGCUUUAUAAGGAGGCUUGCUAG